AAUAGUAGAAUUUCAGCUGGCAAAUUGUAAACACACUGAAAAUCGAACCAAAUCGUGCGGACUCUCAAAAUGUGGCUACGAGAUGUAGGCCUUCGUCUGAGCUUUUUUCAGCUCAUGAUGUGCUUACCCACCAUUUACACCAAUGUGCCCAAUUAUUCGGAUCAAUAUAGUAGAAGAUCUCAGCAUCCAGGUGCGGGUUCCUAUGGCCGCGAGUAUUCCGAAAACAGGCAAUUGUCCUUUAAUCGACCUGGACCAGUCAAAUUCGAAGAUCCCAGAAUCGCUGAACAGCAACCGAAACGUCGCGAGUAUUUGAUUCGAGCCCAUGAAACGCCGUCUGUAGCGGGGCAAAACAAGUGCCGCAUUUGGGUGCCACCGGAUACCGUUGAAAAGUACUCGCAUCCCAGCGUAAUCCAGGCGGACCAGGCCAACCGCCUGUCCAUGAUCGAGGUGUGCUGCACGGGCUACUCGGCCAGCAGGCUGAUGGGCGUGACCGUGUGCCGGGCGCAGUGUGGCUGUCAAAACGGGAGCUGCCGGUCGCCGGGCGAGUGCGAGUGCUACGACGGAUUCGUGCGGAACGACAACGGCGACUGCGUGUUCGCCUGUCCGCUGGGCUGCCAGAACGGGCAGUGCUUCCUAGACGGCAGCUGCCAGUGCGAUCCGGGCUACAAGCUGGACGAAACGCGUCGCUUUUGCCGCCCCAUUUGCAGUAGUGGGUGUGGCAGCAGCUCCAGGCACAACUGCACCGAGCCGGAGGUGUGUGGCUGCUCCAAGGGAUACCAGCUGACCGACGACGGAUGCCAGCCCGUCUGCGAACCGGACUGCGGAAUCGGCGGUCUCUGCAAGGACAACAACGUGUGCGACUGUGCACCGGGUUACAAGCUUAAGGACGGUGUCUGCCAGGCCGACUGCUACCAAAAGUGCAGCAAUGGUGUGUGUGUCAGCCGAAAUCGGUGUAUCUGCGAUGCAGGAUUUACCUACCAUGAGCAAUCUACCAUGUGCGUUCCGGUCUAGGCAAUCAAAUUGUUUGUUAUUCGGUUUUGAUCUUGAGCUUACUCUUACAAAAAUAAAACGACCCAAGCAAGAA